AGCUGCCGACGCAGCCUCGGGACGGACAGAACAAAAAAAACAGGAGGACGCCAUGAAAAGCCUUCCCUGCCUUCCCUUCCUCUUUCUGCUCUUCUGGUCGGGGGACUCGGCGGUCAUCACUGGGGCUUGUGACAGAGAUCUGCAAUGUGGUGGAGGCAUGUGUUGUGCUGUUAGUCUCUGGAUCCAAAGUCUUCGAAUCUGCACACCAAUGGGCAUCUUUGGAGAAGACUGUCAUCCUUUAAGUCAUAAAAUUCCAUUUUGGGGAAGAAGAAUGCAUCACAGCUGUCCCUGUGAGCCUAACUUGGCUUGUGUCCGGAUUUCUCCAAGCAAAUACAAAUGUUUACCAGAGUUCAAAAAUGAUGACAUCUAUUUUUAG